CAAGAGGGCGUCGGUGUUUCACUCCACCUACCACAUCAUUUAUAACUUCCCUAAAUCUCCAUGUGCCUGUACUCCACAAUCUCCCUUCAACGUCUCCUCCUCUCCAGGACGCUCAGUUCCCUGAAUCCCACCAGCUCACCCCCAAACUCCCACCCCUGCUGUUUAAGAGCUCAUUAAUAACCCCUCAGCUCGGUCCACGCGUGAGAAGAGCCUCAGUGGCGCUCAGGGCUUCAUCACAUUCUCACACAGAGCAACUGUGCCUUCAACAUACCGCUGAGCAACAACGCUUUAUUUCAGCACGAGCUUAUCUUAUUUCUCCCUUAUUACCUUUUUAUUGACUCUUAAUUGAAUCCUCUUGAAAUGUCUGCCCUCUAAGCAGCUCUUUGCGCUCUCAUAGCUUACGGAUGACUGCGACGAAACACUAAUAUCAAAUAGUUGUGGUUAGGUCCGAGAUGGAUUUACAGACGCUAAAUGAUACAUCUGGGAUUUGGGCAUGCCUUCAGCUUCAGAACAGCUCGGUUCUGAACGGGACCUUAAACGGGAGUCUGGAGAUUCCCGAUGGCACCUGCGGAGACGCGCUUCUGCUGCCCAAGACGGAACCGGCGCGAGCCAAAGAAAUGGAUUCGCUGCGCAUAUUGCUAUACUCUCUAAUAUUCCUGCUGAGUGUGUUUGGUAACCUGCUCAUCAUUGUGGUUUUGGUGGUGAAUAAGCGAAUGCGGACGGUGACCAACUCAUUCCUGCUCUCCCUGGCCAUUAGUGAUCUCAUGAUGGCUGUUUUCUGCAUGCCCUUCACUCUUAUUCCCAACCUGCUGGAGGAUUUCAUCUUUGGGGCUGCCAUGUGUAAGAUUGUGGCCUAUCUUAUGGGAAUCUCCGUCUGUAUAUCUACCUUCAGUCUGGUGGCUAUAGCCAUUGAGAGGUACAGUGCCAUUUGCAACCCGCUGAAGUCCCGGGCAUGGCAGACCCGAUCCCAUGCCUACAAAGUCAUUGCUUCUACCUGGGUCCUGUCCUUCCUCAUUAUGACACCCUACCCCAUCUUCAGCACGCUGGUGAAGUUCACCAAGCACAACAACAUUACAGCUCACAUGUGCCGCCAUGACUGGCCAAAGAGCGAGGUGGAGCAAGCCUGGUACAUCCUGUUGCUAUUUGUUCUGUUCUUUAUUCCUGGAGUGGUGAUGAUCAUUGCUUAUGGGCUCAUUUCUCGAGAACUCUACCGUGGAAUACAGUUUGAAUUGGAGCAGAAGAAAGGACAGAGUGGAAUGAAAAAUGGUAUCAGCAACACUGUCUUAUAUAGCAGCGAUGACGGAGACGGCUGCUACAUCCAGGUGUCAAAGAGGCCAAACUCAAUGGAGAUGUCAGUCCUCACCCCAACGGGCUCCGCAAAGGUGGACCGACCCCGCAGUAACACGUCUGAGGCUAAACUAAAGGCCAAGAAGCGGGUGAUCCGUAUGCUUAUUGUCAUUGUGGCCAUGUUCUUCAUCUGCUGGAUGCCUCUGUACUCCGUCAACACCUGGAAAGCGUUCGACCUUCCCUCAGCCCACAGGGCUCUUUCUGGGGCCCCCAUCUCAUUCAUCCACCUGCUGUCCUACACGUCUGCCUGUGUCAACCCAAUCAUCUACUGCUUUAUGAACAAGCGCUUUCGAAAGGCACUUCUUGCCACCUUCUCCUGCUGCUGCUGGUCCUGCCGCAGAAGAGGCUUCAGGGAAGGUGACGAUGAGGUUACUGCCACCGGAGCGUCCAUGUCUAAGUUUAACUACACCACUGUCAGCACGAUGGGACCAUGCUGAUUCUCAAAGGACAAGAUGGAGAAGAAUUGGUGUGGAUGUUGGCAAAUUAUGAGGGUUAGACGACUUUUAGAUUGUUUAUCACUUUCUUGCAGCUAAGCAGAUGCUACAUCAACAGCAGCCAAUGGUUUAUGAUUCAUGAUUAUUCAUGUUGUUAUAUAUUCACUAGAGACUUGUAUAAAUGUAUAUUCUUAAGGUGGCGUCGAACAGCUCGGUAGGAAAGGUCACACCAACCUCACCCUCUUCUGUCAAAGGUCUGUCACUCUCACAAAACAACAACAACAAAAAAAAAAUGACGCCAAAUGACUGCCUGCAAAAUUUCUUUCUGACUGAACUGGUUUUGGUGUAGAAGAACCAAAAAAAAAAAAAAAAAGUCAUUUUUACCAUGAAUAACAAUCUGCAUUUGAGGUAAAGUUUGUGGUGUAGUUUGCUGAGAAAAAGUUUGGAUCAGAUGCAAGCAGAACAAUGGCUCUUCAGGAUGAGAAGACUCUCAUUGGUAGCAUUUAUCGACUGAGGGAUAAUGUUGAACUUGCUAGAUCAGAGUCAGCAGGAAGCAGAGUUUCUAGAGCUU